AUGUCCUAAGCCACUGAACGCAGCCCAUUUUCACACAACCCCCGGAUCUUCCUGCAACCUUCACAGUUCCCUCAAAAACCCUAGUACCUCGCUCUCUUGCUAACUACUGCAUCGCCGGGAAUCAUCAUAUGGCGUCGAGUGGACAAACGGUGUUGCAGUUUUCAUCAUCAUCGACAAGUGUAUCGGCUAGGGUCCAUCCGCUAGUCAUCUUCAACAUAUGCGAUUUCUAUGUAAGGAGAGCCGACCAAGCCGAGCGGGUCAUUGGCACUCUCCUCGGAUCCGUUUUACCUGACGGUACAGUCGAUAUUCGUAACUCUUACGCCGUUCCACACAAUGAGUCUUCAGAUCAGGUUGCGUUGGAUAUUGAUUAUCAUCACAAUAUGCUGUUAUCCCAUCAGAAAGUGAACCCGAAGGAAGUCAUUGUUGGAUGGUUUUCAACUGGUUUUGGAGUCACUGGUGGUAGUGCUUUGAUCCACGAAUUUUACGCUAGAGAAGUUUCAAAUCCUGUUCAUUUGACUGUUGAUACUGGAUUCAAAAAUGGCGAGGCUGCAAUAAAGGGAUUUGUCUCUAUUAAUUUAUCUCUUGGAGAUCAACAACUUGCUGCACAAUUUCAAGAAAUUCCAUUGGACCUACGCAUGGUUGAGGCUGAGCGUGUUGGUUUUGAUGUUCUUAAACCAACAACAGUGGACAAGAUUCCCAAUGAUCUGGAAGGAAUGGAAGCUUCAAUGGAACGUUUGCUUGCUCUAAUAGAUGACGUUUACAAAUAUGUAGAUGAUGUGGUGGAAGGGCGUGUUGCUCCAGAUAAUGACAUCGGCCAAUUUUUAUCAGACACUGUAGCAUCUAUUCCGAAAUUAUCACCACACGAAUUUGAUAAACUAGUGAAUGAUAGUCUGCAGGACCAAUUACUGUUACUUUAUUUGUCAAGUAUUACAAGAACACAACUCAGCUUAGCAGAAAAGUUGAAUACUGCUGCUCAGAUCUUGUGAUGGAUUUACCAUUUCCCUGUUUGAAACUCAUGCGAUAUGGCUCUUCCCAUCAUAUUAUUAGCGUGGUAAUUCAUGGAGGGAGGAAAAGCUUUGACUGAAAGUACAAUUCAUUUCACGAUUUGAGCAAUUUUGUCUCCGAAAGUUUUUAGAGCUAAAUGUGAUAGGAUCUAUAUUAUUAAUUGGAAAAAUUUCAUGUUUGGUGUCAGUAACUGAGUCUUUAAUGAUAUUCUGAUCUCUUAUUGUUUACUUUCGGGUCAUUUUUUCUGUUUAUGCUUGGAAGGAUCGAUAUUGGCAUAAUUUUUGCCCUCGUUUGUCUCC